UAACACACGUGACAUUGAUAAAGGGUAUAUACUAGGUAUACAGUACUAGUACUAUAGUACGUGUACUCUGUUCUGUGUCCUCCUGCUAUGGAGCUCUUUAAAGCAUCCUUCCUGUUAACCCUGACCCUGCUACAUCUUGGAGGGUGCUUAGUAUCUGGCUCUCAACUAAAUGUAUGUUCUGCUAACAUCACUGAAGCAAAUAACGGAUCAAUCUCGUUACUCUACAAACGUAUUGCAGCAGCCGACAACUCGACUUGUAUGCAUUUCGUUUGGAGCAUCAAAAGCAACGAUUCGAACGAUUUCCCUUCGUUAUUCUCUGCUCAAACCAACAACACAACGGAUGCAUGCACACGGGAGUGCUCCUCAUUUGUAGACAAGACUAACCACACUGUGAACAUUCCUGAUGCAAUCGAUAGCUACUUCUCUUUUGGUGUUGUCUUCACACGUCUCAUUGAAUUUAUAGUACCCAGUGAUUCGGCACAUUCCACCGAGGCAUUUAACGAAUCUUUGAACUGUGAAUGUGAAAAGUUUCCAAGUAAUGAAAUGUGUCAAAACUAUAGUAUGAACUACACUACUGGUAUUUUUCUCAAUGAUAGCAACUUGGAGUGGAGUUUUCACGAAGCAAAUCAAAGCUUUAUGGCUGUUCUCUUAGAUGCCGAGAGUGGCAAUGAAACAGCUACAAGAUUUACCAUCAGGACCAACUUCCCCACCACCAGUGAGGCUGGGCAAAGACUCUCAUAUUUUCCUCACACCCUCUUCACUGCCAACACGACAACUAUUGAUAUCAUCAUCGAAAACUUCCCGUACAAUCUCUCCAACAUUUCCGACUAUGAGAGCAAAAAUUUCAGCAGACUGGCACUUGAACUGUAUGUGGUACAUGGACCAAAUACUCAAAAUGGGAGCAUCGUCAGUGCUACAUCUUUGGAUGAUGAGUAUACCCCAUCUGUUUUUACUACCAUGACUUAUGAGAUGUUUCAAGAUGAUGAUGUUGAUGCGGCCGACGAAACUGGUUUCUUUCAAUGGAAGCCCAUCUCGUAUCAGAACUCGGACAGAAAGUCAACUGCAUCUCAGCAAGUCAAUAUCCUAUAUACGGGGGAUCAAUCUUUUUGUAAUACGGGAGAAAUUCCCAAUGGAUUGGUGAAGGAUCUGUUUGGACAAAAUGCAAGUAAUGUCACUCGUUGGUUUGCUGUGUUUGGUACCUCUGGCGAUGUGAGCUAUUUCAAUAACCCGUUUUUUACCUGGACAAGUAUUGUUGGUUAUGGCCAAGUGCCUGAGGACAGUAUCUCCAUGAUAGUCAUCGUCACCAUCAUUGUAGGGCUCGGCAUACCUGCUCUGCUGGUCCUGGUCGGUGCUGUCUAUGUCGUGAUUAAGAAGAAACCUUGGCAGAAUGUAAAGAGAGUUGUUGCAAAAGCAACUGGAACUUCGGGGGGAUAUACGAAACUGAACUAGUGUGUUGUGUCUUGUUGUGUGGUUUGUGUGUAUAUGUUUUUACGAAUGCACUGGUACAUGUUUGAAUCACCUUCUUUUUUUGUCUUUGGUGGACAAUUUAUAAAAAAUUAAUUAUUGUGUCUCAUGA